AUGCCUCUCACCCCGCUGACGAGAACCGCGCUUUCAAAUUCGACACCCGCGACCCUCAACGACCGUUUCUCGAAAGCGGAGAAGGAGCGGCAGGUGAUGAAGACCGUCGAGGAGGAGAGUGAAGUGGCGACAAGCCCAGGGUCGGUGAAGGCGUUCUCCUUCGAGGUUUCCAAAAAUCCCGAUAUAUGGGGACGGGGUUUAGGUUGUUCGGACGGGGCGACGGUGGCGACGGUGCCGUCGGUGCCACCGCGGAGCGUACCGUAA